AUGGUUGUAAAGAUACUUGCAAAGAUGGUGUUCACCACUGGUACAGUGUUCGUUAGAUCAUUGUCAAUGGCCUAUAAACAAGCGAUUGCACGAGCUGAAGCAGGUGGAGCAAAGACAGCAGACGAUUUCUUAAAGUCAGGUGCUUCGUUCACUGGAACAAUGUCACCGAUGGAGGCAAAGAAGAUAUUAGGUUUGGAUAAUGCACAAAAGAUCACAAUGGAUGAUAUACAGAAGAAACACGACCAACUGAUAGAUAUCAAUGAUCCUUUGCAAGGAGGAUCACAGUUCCUGCAGAACAAGGUCGUCGGUGCUAAGAGUUGUCUGGAAGAUGCUCUCAAGUCUGGCAAAGAMCCUAUAACACAACUAAUACAUAUACUUAUAUACUAUCAUUCU